AAACUGAGAGAGAGAGGAGAGGAGAAUGGCUCUGAGCACUGAGCAAGCUCUGGCACUGCUACUGAUCUUAAACAGCACUCACCUCACAACAGCAGAUUGCUCUGCACCAGACCAUGUUGCUGUCUCUGGCUCAGCUGGGGGGAGAGCAGUGCUGCCCUGUUCUUACACCCCCACCCCUGGGCAGCAUGUAGCAGUCAGAUGGUAUGCAUAUCCAGAUCAGGGAAAAUCUGUUCGAUUAAUCCACUCAGAGACCCCCUCAGCACCCCUCCCUGCGCAGUGGAGCGGCCGAGUGAAGCUGUCUGAUGAAGGCUCCUCUGGAAACGCUUCUCUGCUAAUCUCUGAGCUCAGAAUGGAGGACUCUCGGGAUUACAUGUGUACAGUGCAGAUCAAUAGGAGAUGUGUCACUAACAGGACUGUUAAACUGACAGUUCAAGAACCUCGAAACAACGACAACAACCCAGAAACCCAGCCCACGCCCGACCCAGGAGGGGAAUGCAGCAGCACAGAGGAGAUCGUACUGCAUGAAAACGCUUUGAUAACUGGAUUCUGAUUGGAUCCCUGUACCUGUAUUUACUAAGUGUUGGGGGUUAAGCGGAAGUUUUGUUAUUCCUGUGUGUUGCUGCUGCUGCUUCCCUAUGCCAGUAGAGUCCAUUGUGAAAGAGUAUUGCUGUUGUUGUAACCCUCUGCAUCAUGCCUG